AUGGAGCGGAAUGAGAACAUCGAAGGCAAUAAGGCCGCUAUAGCCUCGGAGGAAGUGGAGCACACUACUCUCCGGGUGGUUACUGGCAGCGGAGCAUUCAACGAAGCCCUGGUCCAGGAGCCUCCUAAACUGAGCCAUCCAACCACCAUCUCACUGUUCCUCUGUCUGCUGGUCGGUUUCUUUUGUCAGACAAUGAACGGAUUUGAUGGAGCGCUAUUCAAUGGACUUCUCGCCAACACGGUUUUCCUCGACCACUUCCACGGUAAAGAUUCAGGGAUCUGGGCUGGCAUUGUCUCUGCUAUGUAUCAGAUUGGUGGUGUCAGUGCUCUCCCCUUUGUUGGACCUGCAAUUGAUACCUGGGGUCGUCGUGUUGGCAUGUUCCUAGGUAGUUUUCUGAUUGUCCUCGGUACGAUCGUGUGUGGUCUCACUAUUUCCAACGCAAGUGCCGGCCAAUUCAUGGGAGGCCGCUUCAUACUCGGCUUCGGAGUCUCUAUCGCCGCUGCAGCAGGCCCUAUAUACGUUGUCGAGACAACCCAUCCUGUCUAUCGGGGCAUGGUGACGGGUUACUGCAAUACCUUUUGGUUCGUCGGUUCGAUUCUUUCGUCUGGUGCUGUUCGUGGCGCGAUUACUUUGCACACCAACCAAUCCUGGCAGAUUCCCAUUUGGCUGCAAAUGGUCUUUGCUGGCCUCAUUAUUAGCUUUUGCUGGAUGAUCCCUGAAUCCCCUCGUUGGCUGUAUGUUCACGGGAAACAGGAGAAGGCUAUUGAGACUUUGACAAAGUGGCAUGGCUAUGGAAAUCGUGAUUCCCUAUGGGUCAAAUUACAGAUCUCUGAAUAUGAGACGCAUUUGAACGUUGAUGGCUCCGACAAAAAAUUCUGGGACUACCGCAGCUUAUUCAACCGCCGAAGCAACUUCUACCGUCUCGCGUGCAACUGUGUCUUUGCUAUUUUCGCCCAAUGGGCUGGCAAUGGGGUCUUGACCUACUACAUGGUUCCAGCCCUCAAGGGAGCUGGAUUCACUUCCGACAUCACCCAAGCCAACAUCAACUUGGGUUAUUCUUGCUUCCAAUUCUUCUUUGCACUUUGUGGUGCAGCCUUUGUCGACAAAUUAGGUCGUCGCCCUUUGAUGCUCGGCGGUAUGGCUGGUUGCUGUCUGGUUUGGGUCGCGGUCCUAGCUGCCUCAAGCCAGGUAUACAAUUCCAGUGGAGUUCUCAAUAACAAUGCUUCCAAUGCUACACUCGGAUUUAUUUUCAUUUUCGGUGCAGUCUUUUCGUUCUGUCUCACGCCACUUCAAGCCUUGUAUCCGGUUGAGGUUCUAUCAUAUGAGAUGCGUGCCAAGGGCAUGGCCUUUUCUGCCCUUGCCGUUAAUGCCUCCGGUCUCCUCAAUCAGUUCGCUUGGCCGGUUUCUCUUGAGAAGAUUGGUUGGAAGACUUAUAUCAUCUUCGUCGUCUGGGAUGCCAUUCAGACGGUCAUCAUGUACUUUUUCCUUCCUGAAACCAAGAACCGAACACUUGAGGAACUUGAUCAGAUUUUUGAAGCACGUAAUCCUGUGAAAGUGUCGAUUCGAGGUACCGAGAUAGCAGUAGACCAGAACAGCCGCGUGGUAGCAGUGAAGGAUGAUGCUUAA